AUGGCUACCAUCACUGAUUUCAACAACACCACUUUCCAAUAUGAAGCUCAAUUGCCAGCUUUACCUGUACCACCAUUGGCAACCACUGUACAACAACUAUUGGCUGCUUUGAAACCAAUAUCUUCACCAGAAGAGUAUGAACAAUUGUUGUAUGAAGCUAAUGACUUUGUCAAUAAUGACAUCAUCAAGUUGAUUCAAUUGCAUUUCGAAACAUUGUACACAAAUCAUCCCGAACAAAACUAUUUAAACAUUGUCAAUAAUGAUAUGACUCCAGCCAUAUACGGAGAGAUUAAAUCUGACAUUUUGCCAAGAAACCCCUAUCUUAUAUUGGAAGAUGAUCCGUAUGCAAAGACUAUUCAUCCACCAAAUCAAGCUGAACGUACGGCAAAUUUGGUCAAUUCUACGUUGAAAUUGAUUGUAACAUUGAGAAAUUUCACGUUUAAACCAGAUGUCACUCCUAAAAACAAGGUGCCCUUGACAAUGCAAUGUUUUUAUCAUUUAUUUGGUUGUACUAGAAUGCCCGAUUUUGAAGGUGGUACUUCAGAUAUUAGUAUGAAAAAGUACAAACACAUUAAUGAUUCAAGACAUAUUAUCAUCCUUGCCAAUAAUCAAUACUACUCUUUGGAAGUAUUGACUGAAUUUGACGACGACUUGUACAAGAAAACCAAAACCAAACAUCAAAUCUUGUUUCAUGAUCAUGAAUUGGAAGACAUUUUCCAAGAAAUUAUUGAUGAAACUGACAAGAUCCCUGCUGAAGAUUCGAUAAAUAAUUGCAUUGGUGCAAUUACAACUCAACCUUUGAAAAACUGGAAAAAGGGAAGAGGCGAAUUAAACAAGUCUAAUCCCGACCAAUUGAAACUUAUUGAUGAUGCAUUAUUUGUUGUGGUGUUGGAUUCUAAUUCUCCCGAAACCGAACAAGAGAAAACUUCAGUUAUAUCUCAUGGUUCAUCGGUAUUGUCGGAAUCCAACAUUCAAUCUGGUACUUGUACCUCGAGGUGGUAUGACAAAUUGCAAUUAAUUGUCACUAGAAACUCAGUUGCUGGUAUUGUUUGGGAAUCAUUGACUAUGGAUAGUACUGCCAUUCUUCGUUUUAUUAGUGAUAUUUACACUGAUUCGGUUUUGAAACUUGCUAAAAACAUUAAUGGGUCAGAAUACACUUUAUUCGAUGAAGCAGUGACUUUUGCUGAUUCAACAAUUCUUAAACCAAAACCAGAAUUGAUUAAAUUUAAUUUAACUGAUCGUUUACAGUUUCUUAUCCAUUUAUCGGAAACAUCAUUGGCUGAUUUGAUUAAUCAACACGAGUAUAAAACACACACGGUCAAAUUAGAAUCUCGGUUAGCAGAAGAGUUUGGUCUUUCAGUUGACUCUAUUAUGCAAAUUUGUUUCCAAAUUGCCAAUUAUUCAUUAUAUGGAAGAGUCGUCAACACAUUGGAGCCAAUAAUGACUCGUAAAUUUAGAGAUGCCAGAACUGAAUUGAUUCCCGUACAAAAUGACUCAGUGGCCAACUUGUGUAAAUUGUACAUCACCAGUGCAAAUACUGCAGAAAAAUUUGCUGCUUUUAAAGAAUGUUGUCAAAUGCAUAGAAAACAGUAUCAUGACGCAAUGUUGGGAAAGGGAUUUGAACGUCAUUUUAUGUCAAUUGCCCAAGUGAUUCACAAACCAGAAGCUGCUAGACGCUUAAACAACAUCAAUAGUGAUUUACCUCCAAUUCCAACAUUUGAUGAUGAUGAUAAAGACGGUGACAAUACCAAUGAAAUAAGAGCCAGAUUACCUUUGUUGUUUAAUACUUGUGUUGAUAAGUUGCUGAACCCUGAGCUUCUCAUUUCCAACUGUGGUAAUCCAGCAUUGCGAUUAUUUGGUAUCCCACCAGCAAUUGAUCAAGGUUUCGGAAUUGGAUAUAUCAUCCAUAAUGAUAAAGUCAUUAUUACUGUUUGUUCCAAGCAUCGUCAAACGGAAAGAUUUUUGGGAACUUUCCACAAGGUGAUUCAUGAUUUGAAAAUCCUGCUUAAAAGACAUGCCAGUUUUGUUAUGCACCUUUCUGAAUCAGAAAACCGCAAGAUUGAAUUUCAAAAAUUACGGAUUGAGAAUGAACUUAGUCAUGUUAGUCUUGAAGAUCCAUCUUUGAAACAUCCAAUUUCAUUGACAGUUACUAGCAAUAGUGAAUCAGGUGCCGUGACACCAAUGGAACGUCAACCAUCUGAUGAAACUACUACAUCCACCGAAGAUGGCGGAGAUUCUGAUUUUGAAUUGCUUGGUGGGUACGGAUACUUUGAUUACGGCAACUUGGAUCUUCGUUCUGAAGAUGUUUCACGUACACAGUCGUAUCUCAAUAGUGGCACUCAAUCAGCCAUAUCGAGUGCAUUGAGUUCAAGACCUCAUUCACAAACCAACUUGGGUAAAUAUGCCUUGACUCAUGGAUAUGAUAUCAAGCAUAAGCAAAACUUGACUGAUCGGAUAAGGGAUAAAUUGAUGUCACCAAGUGAAGAAAGUAUGCAUGCACCAGGAAAUACCGGCGGUGGAGCUACUGGCGGUGGAGCUACCGAUAACGGAGUUACUACUCGUAGGAGUAAUGUUACUUUUGAUACUGGAGAUGAGAGCUCGGAUCAAGAAGAAGUGGUUGAGUUUGUGGGCGCCACCACCACUGCACGCAAAGGCUCAAUUGGCAGGGAACUUGAUCUCAGGUACCAUUAG